UCCAAGACUUGUCUCCUCGCCGUCGUGGUCGCCACUGCGGGUUUUUUUUAACCCUUUUCUACUUAAAAGGUUCUCUGCACCGUUCCGCUUCCGAUCUGCCACAAAAUCUCUUCUCCUUCUCCUCCGCCCUGCCGUCGCUACUGCUGGAAUCGAAAGUCGCCGAUGGCGGAGCAGUUGACGGAUGACCAGAUCGCCGAGUUCAAGGAGGCUUUCAGCCUCUUCGACAAGGACGGAGAUGGUUGUAUCACAACCAAGGAGCUUGGGACUGUGAUGCGAUCCUUGGGGCAGAAUCCUACAGAAGCAGAACUGCAAGACAUGAUCAACGAGGUUGAUGCUGAUGGCAAUGGAACUAUUGAUUUCCCAGAGUUCCUUAACCUGAUGGCGCGCAAGAUGAAAGACACUGACUCUGAGGAAGAACUCAGGGAGGCCUUUAGAGUGUUCGACAAGGACCAGAAUGGUUUUAUUUCUGCAGCUGAGCUCCGUCAUGUCAUGACCAACCUGGGGGAAAAGUUGACUGAUGAGGAGGUCGACGAGAUGAUUCGUGAAGCAGAUGUGGAUGGUGAUGGCCAAAUCAACUACGACGAGUUUGUUAAAGUCAUGAUGGCCAAGUAACGUGACUUCCAUAUAAACCGUCCGCAACUUUCAUGGCAGAUAUGUACGUUGUGCGUGUGGCAUUUCUCAAUUUGUAAUGUUUGUACUAGUUUGGUUAUCUUUAUCCCUAGGCGCCAGGAUAGACGAUGCUUAAUUUCUUCUUGCAUUCUGUUGUUGGCUGUCUUAUUAUGCCCGUGAAAUUUUAUAGAACUUUUUAUGUUUAUCUGCCCUUCGUUGUCUUUGACUUUUCUGUAACGUACGAAGUUGGAUUUGAUAUAGUUUCAGUGGAUAGCAUUGCUUGCUCUA